AUGAGCGCGCAGCUCCGUGCGGUUGGGGCAAUAGCCCCCGUUGCCCGACGGAGCAUGUUCCGCGCUGUCCGCCACUUUCACCAGCUCCCUACCGGCGGUAUCCAGCGUGCAGAUCUAGUCUCCCGCGGCGUUAGGAGGUCGUUGAAGUUCCCCUCGAACGCCUACCACAACAAUGCCGUCAUCGUCCGCAACGCUUCCUUCGCCCGCCUGCUGCCGAGGCUCGCGGUGAAAUUCAUUAGGAUUCCCGCCCUGUUUGGCGGCUUGAUGAUUGGGACCGUAGGAUGGAUACAGUAUCAAGCUAUUCAGGUUAGCAAUUCCGCUGCCGAGAUGUACGGCAACAUGAAGAACACGGUGACUACGACGGCCACUACCCUUUGGGGUGGCGCCAAGGACAUCGCCGAGCAGACGAAACAGGGUUGGGUCAACACGAAGGACCAGUUUGAAAUGCCGGAAAUGCCACAGAUGCCAGAAUGGAUGGACAAGAUCAUACGCGGGGAGGGCAUAGCUGCCUUAGGGAAAGGCGGAUCGGGUGGGCAGGGCGAACAAGGUGGGCCGGAACCACCCAAGCAGAGCAAAGCAGGAGCAGCAGCGGUAGUCGGUGCCUCAGCUGCUGCGUAUGGAUACGAACAAUCUGACGAGAGCGACAACCGAACCCCUGAGGAGAUACUCAAGGACGACCAGAUGAUGUACAUCACCAAGCGGAUGAUCGAGAUCCGGAACCUCCUUCAACGGGUCGGCCAGUCCAACACCGUCACCCUGCCGUCGAUCGUGGUGAUUGGGUCGCAGUCGUCGGGCAAGAGCUCCGUGUUGGAAUCGAUCGUUGGGCAUGAGUUUCUACCCAAGGGGAGCAACAUGAUCACCCGAAGGCCGAUCGAACUCACACUCGUGAACGAUCCCGAGGCGCGGACCGACUACGGCGAAUUCCCAGACCUCGGCCUUAACAGAGUCACCGACUUCUCCCUGAUCCAAAAGACACUCACCGAGCUGAACCAGUCCGUCCCGGAGUCGCUGUGUGUCACGGAUGACCCGAUCCGGCUCACCAUCCACUCGCCGAGGAUACCCGACCUCUCCUUGAUCGACCUCCCCGGCUACAUCCAGGUCGCUGCCGAGAACCAGCCCCGGGAACUCAAGCGUAAGAUCUCGGAGCUGUGCGACAAAUACAUCCGCGGGCCUAACAUCAUUCUUGCCAUCUCUGCUGCCGACACCGAUCUGGCCAACUCGACGGCCCUCCAAGCUAGCCGUCGGGUGGACCCAAGGGGCGAGAGGACAAUUGGUGUCAUCACCAAGAUGGAUCUAGUUGACCCAGACAAGGGUGUUUCUGUCUUGUCUGACAGGCAGUACCCGCUCCGGUUGGGCUACGUUGGUGUCAUUUCCAAGCUGCCCACGCAAACUGGUCUGUUCAGGAGAGAAACUGGUGAUCUCCUGGCUGGUAUCACAAGGAACGAGAAGGCCUUCUUCAGCAACCACCCCUCCCAGUUCGGGCCCGAAGCGAAGGUUAACACCGGCACCAUCACUCUGCGGAAGAAGCUAAUGCAGGUCUUGGAGCACACAAUGUCCUCUAGGCUGCAUGAGACGACCGAGUCCAUUCAGCGGGAGCUUGAGGAGACCACAUACCAGUUCAAGGUCCAGUACAACGAGCAGCCCAUGAGCGCCGAGGCGUACCUGGCUGCCAGUUUGGAUGAUUUCAAGCACCAGUUCCACGCCUUCACCUCGUCCUUUGGCCGGCCCCAGCUCCAAGAGCUCCUCAAGGAUGCGCUGGACCAAAAGGUCCUAGACCAGCUGGCGGCCAGAUACUGGAACCGGCCAGUUGAGGAUCUUUCUGUGGCUCUGCCCGAACCGGAUAACAUCGCCGACCUGCCCAACGCCGACCCCAAGUCCCCCUACUGGCAUAGGCAACUCGACACGGCCUCUACCGGUCUCACAAGGCUUGGCGUGGGCCGCAUCGCCGCUACAGUGGCCGCCACAGCCGUUCAAGGAAACAUUGACAAGCUCCUUGACAAGUCUUCCUUCGCCAAGCACCCCUCCGCUCGCAAGGUCAUCAGCGAGGCCGCAUCCACCGUGCUCGCUGACCGUUCCUAUGCCACAAGCGACGGCAUCGAGAUUUCUCUCAAGCCGUACAAGUUUGACCCCGAUAUCCAGCCCCAUGAAUGGGCUCAGGGCAAGGAGCACGUCGUGGGCGUACUGCAGGGCGAGCUGGACCAGUGCCAGGCUGCCAUGAAGAGCCUCGAGAACUCCGUCGGUGGGCGAAAGAAGCUGAAGGAGGUCAUGACCUUCGUCGACAAGGCGCGCCGGGGCGAUAUCAUUGUUGAGGGUGACCACCCCAGCGGCGCUGGCGGUUUCAGCGCUGCCCUUCUCGCCAGAGGCCGUGAAGCCGUCUUCCUCCGCGACCGCGCCGACAUCAUCAACCUCCGCAUCACCGCCUCCAAGUCCCGCAAGUGCAAGUCUCUCGAAAACAAGUACUACUGCCCCGAAAUCUUCCUCGACGCCGUCGCCACCAAGCUCUCCCAAAACGCCGUGCUCUUCCUCAACGUCGAGAUGCUCAACGACUUCUACUCCCGUUUCCCUCGCGAAGUCGAGGCCAAGCUGCACGAGCACAUGGUCAGCGGCGGGCUGGAGCGCUUCGCUCGUGAGGACCCCAAGGUGCGCAGGCACUUGGACUUGAUCCAUCGUAAGGAGUUGUUGGAGUUGGUCUUGACCAAGAUUGAGGACUUGCAUCGGUUGGGUGGUGGGAGUGGUGCGGGGAAGUUGGGGAGUGGGCGGGAGUUGGAAGGGAAGAGGCGGAGGGGUCGGUUCUUUUAA